UGUGUUUGAUGGUUUCCAGGAGAUGUGUUUGAUGGUUUUCCAGGAGAUGUGUUUGAUGGUUUUCCAGGAGAUGUGUUUGAUAGUUUUCCAGGAGAUGUUUGAUGGUUUUCCAGGAGUUGUGUUUGAUGGUUUUCCAGGAGUUGUUUGAUGGUUUUCCAGGAGUUGUGUUUGAUAGUUUUCCAGGAGAUGUUUGAUGUUUUUCCAGGAGAUGUGUUUGAUAGUUUUCCAGGAGAUGUUUGAUGUUUUUCCAGGAGAUGUUUGAUGGUUUUCCAGGAGAUGUGUUUGAUAGUUUUCCAGGAGAUGUUUGAUAGUUUUCCAGGAGUUGUGUUUGAUGGUUUCCAGGAGAUGUGUUUGAUGGUUUUCCAGGAGAUGUGUUUGAUGGUUUUCCAGGAGAUGUGUUUGAUGGUUUUCCAGGAGUUGUGUUUGAUGGUUUUCCAGGAGUUGUGUUUGAUGGUUUUCCAGGAGUUGUGUUUGAUGGUUUUCCAGGAGUUGUGUUUGAUGGUUUUCCAGGAGAUGUUUGAUAGUUUUCCAGGAGUUGUGUUUGAUGGUUUUCCAGGAGUUGUGUUUGAUGGUUUUCCAGGAGAUGUGUUUUAUAGUUUCCAGGAGAUGUUUGAUAGUUUUCCAGGAGAUGUGUUUGAUGGUUUUCCAGGAGAUGUUUGAUGGUUUUCCAGGAGAUGUGUUUGAUGGUUUUCCAGGAGAUGUGUUUGAUGGUUUUCCAGGAGAUGUGUUUGAUGGUUUUCCAGGAGAUGUGUUUGAUAGUUUUCCAGGAGAUGUGUUUGAUGGUUUUCCAGGAGAUGUGUUUGAUGGUUUUCCAGGAGAUGUGUUUGAUGGUUUUCCAGGAGUGUUGAUAUGAUAACUGAACUGGUUGAUCCGCUGUGUUUCAGUUCAGAGACUUCGAGGAGCCGAGCAUCUCUCACUUUGAGCUGCAAGGAAACACCGUGAUCGUAAUGGCCGACUCUGUUCCCUCGGACGACUUCCUGUGCGUUGGUUUCCGUAUCCGGGCGGGCUUCAGGGUGGGGGGGGCGAGCAAGUCACUGUUCAGCGUCUACGAGCCACAGGACAAAGGCAGUGAAUGCACCAGACAGUUUUCCUACCAGCAGCAGAAGCUGCAGCGCCUCUGUGUGGACGAGGAGUGCCAGUGCAUGACAGCUGCGUGCGCCGCCUACAGAGGAAGCACGGACCCCGCGAUGACCGUCAACAAGCGCACCGCGGAGACCUGCAGGCCGCACAUCACAUACGCCUAUCGGGUGACGGUGAAGUCUUCAGCUGCAGAAGGAGACUUCAUGUCCUACACAGCCACCGUAGAGGAAGUCCUGAAGAACACGGACAAACAGUUGGAGGCGGUGAGUUCAGGGUCUGAUGUGGAGCUGGUGAAGAAGGUGACUUGCAGCUCGAUGGAUCUCCAGAACAACAAACAGUACCUGGUGAUGGGAGCCAGCGGGUCGGAGGUCACGCUCAGCCGGGGCUUCAAGUAUCGUCUACCCAUGGACUCGGAGGCGCUGGUGGAUCUAUGGCCGACAGUUUGUAGUUCUCCCGAAUGUACGGACUACGUUUCCCACCUGGAGGACUUUGCUCUGGACCUGCAGUUAUCCGGCUGUCCCAACUCAUCGUAACUGCACUUUUUUAAUGUAAUACACGGGGAGAUAACAAAGGAUGAAUGUUAUUCGCUGACGAUGUAAACAGACUGUCAUCAUGUCAUGUGCCAAUAAAGGUUACAUAAUCAAACACA